AUGACUCGCAUAACGAACUUCGGUCGAAAACGGACGUAUCUCCAAUCUACUUCAGGCUACUGGGCGAAAGAAGGAUCCCAAGGAUCUCCAUCCGUAGCCGUAUCGAACGAGGCUAGUGAACAACCACCAAAAAAGAAAAGAAAACGGACCAAGAAGUCUCAAAGGACUGGAAACGCCAGCAAUGCACAGGAGACUUCAAAUGAUCACACCCCGCCUGUAUCUCAACCAGGUCCUUCCGGUGACCAGCCACAACUAGUCAAAUCUACCCAGAAGCGGCAGAAGAAAUCCAAAAAGGAUAAGCACAGACAGGGAAAGCGCAUAGAUAAGGAUGCUGCCAUACGAUCCGAGUCUCGUAGGCUCAACAGAAUAAUGAAACGCAAUGUGGAUACGACGUGUUUCGCUUGUCGUGAAAAAGGGCAUUCUGCAAAGGAUUGUCCAAAGGAGGGAGGGGAUAAGAAGAGUGUCGGCAUCUGUUAUCGGUGUGGGUCAUCCAAACAUAAUCUGUCCCUCUGUAAGAAACCUGAAGAUCUUCUCGAUCCUCUACCGUUUGCAACUUGUUUUGUGUGUAAUGGCAAGGGCCAUCUAGCUUCUGGCUGCUCCCAGAACAAGGACAAAGGCGUCUACCCGAAUGGGGGGUUUUGCAAAUUAUGUGGCGAUACCUCUCAUUUGGCGAAAAAUUGCGGGAUCAGGAAAAGAGACGCGAAUACCUUAACGCAGGUCAUAGGGGUAGAACGCGAUAUUGGAGGAGAUGAGGAUGAUUUCCACAUAAUUGGGAGGAGGAAGCAGGAGCUAGAUAAAGAGGAGAAGAGGGAUGAGAAGAUCCACAAGUCGAUGAACAUCAAGGUUGGCGCUCAAUCCGGCGUUAUGAAGUCGUGCGGAAAAGUAACAGCACCCCAAGCAAAGACGGUCGUUUAUUUUUGA